UUCUCUUCAUUUUUAGUGGGAGAUUUUGAUAAGAUCUGGAGAGAACACUGUGAAGAUGAGGAAACUCUUUGUGAAUAUGCUGUCGCGAUGAAAAACUUGGCAGAUAAUCACUGGGCGAAAGCUUGUGAGGGGGAAGGGCGCAUUGAAUGGUGCUGUAGUGUAUGCAGAGAAUAUUUCCAGAAUGGUGGAAAGAGAAAAGCACUUGAAAAAGAUGAAAAAAGAGCUGUACUCACCAGUAAGACCACGCCAGCCUUAAACAUGCAUGAGUCUUCUAGACUUGAAGGUCAUUUAACCAACCUCAAUUUCACAAACCCUGAAUUUAUAACUGAGUUGCUACAAGCCUCAGGAAAGAUCAGAUUACUUGAUGUUGGCAGCUGCUUUAACCCCUUUUUGAAGUUUGAAGAAUUUCUAACUGUUGGCAUAGACAUUGUACCUGCUGUGGAGAGUGUAUAUAAAUGUGACUUCCUGAACUUGCAGCUUCAGCAGCCACUCCAGCUUGCACAGGAUGCUAUAGAUGCUUUUCUGAAGCAGCUGAAAAACCCUAUUGAUGCCCUCCCUGGAGAGCUUUUCCAUGUGGUGGUUUUCUCCCUUCUUCUUUCCUAUUUUCCAUCACCCUACCAGCGGUGGAUUUGCUGCAAGAAAGCUCAUGAACUGCUAGUGUUAAAUGGUUUAUUACUUAUCAUCACACCUGAUUCUUCUCAUCAGAACCGUCAUGCUAUGAUGAUGAAAAGCUGGAAGAUUGCUAUAGAGUCCCUGGGCUUUAAACGCUUCAAGUAUUCAAAAUUUUCACAUAUGCAUCUGAUGGCAUUUAGGAAAAUCUCCCUGAAAACCACAAGUGACUUAGUUAGUAGGAACUACCCAGGAAUGUUAUAUAUUCCUCAAGAUUUCAACAGUGUAGAAGAUGAGGAAUAUUCUAACCCUUCCUGCUAUGUUCGAUCAGAUAUAGAAGAUGAACAACUGGCAUGUGGUUUCACAGAGCUCCCUGAUGCUCCGUACGACUCAGAUUCUGGAGAAAGUCAAGCCAGUUCUAUUCCUUUCUAUGAGCUAGAGGAUCCCAUAUUACUUUUAAGUUAAUAUGAAAGAGGCCCUUUCAGUCCAGACUCCCAAACUAAUUGCUUACACUAAUUGGAAAUACUAACAUGAACUCAGUACUUAAAACCUGGUUUGCAUAGAAGAAAUGCAAAGGUUUAUAGAGUUUGCUAUUUUUUUCUACUUCUGGAUUUUAAAAUUUAUUCUUAUAUAGAAGGCUUAAAGUUUCAUGCAGAGUGACUCCUGUCAUAGCAGAAACCACUGUUACGUUAGCAUUUCACACUAAGAUAUAGAAAGGUACCUUUGUUUCUCUUUAGUGCUAUUGUGAAAAAUGGAGCAGAAUUUGCUGUCUGUUUUUGUUUCCUUCAGUUGUUCGUUGUUGACUUUAACCUAUUGCAAUGGGAAACUUAAGAAACGUAGAGAGCUGUAGAUUGCACUUUGUUGACUCCUAAGUUGAAUAUGAUACAUAGAUUUGUUCAGUUGUUUGGGAUGCACUUUCUUUUUUCUCUUUUUUCCUGACUAAAUUGUUAUCUAAUGCAGAAAGCGGUUUUCUGUGCAGUUGUGUCUGAUGAUGCAGUGUUUCCUGAACUUUUUGGAGCUGGUGAUGUCUUCCUUUUUUCUUCUUCUGUCGAGCUCAUUUGGCUGCAUCAGGCCUUGGAGAAGACACUUCCCCCAAAUGCGUGUUCUUCUUUCCUUAGUACAGUACAAGAAAUGCCAUUGCCAAAGUGGUAUUUUCAGGGCUUUCUUACUGAUUUGGGCCUUGGUGUUAAGCAUAUUUAUCUGUGAGAGUUCACUUUUACUUUUUUAAAAUUUAGAUUUCCUUUACAGAAUGUUUUAUUUAAGCAAGGAACAAUGUAUAAUAA